CGACGACGACGACGACGACGGGGCCAGGAACAACAACAACAACAACAACUGCAACUGCAACUGCAACGACAGAACAGUAUCCUCUCGAUUCUACGUUUACAUGCUCACUCUGUAGCGGUGUUGCAGUGACCGAGGAGCAGAUAUCACUUGCUUCAGCCAUCAUCCAUCCAAAUCGACCCGCAACGUCCUCCUCCAUGGGCGAUAUGGAUGAAGACGAGUAUCGACUCUCAAAACAAACAAUGCGUCGCAACCACGCCAUCCACGAGCUAUUGGAAACCGAACGCGACUAUGUCACUGAUCUUGGCCGUCUUGUCGAAGUCUAUUUUGAUACACUCGCUCGACAAGACUGGAUUCCUCUGCAGCAUAAACAGACCAUACUCCGAAAUGCAUCGGAUCUACUGUCAUUCCACCGCAUUUUCCUGGCCACCUUGGACGAGAAUUUUGAGGAACGAGGCGUCGGUGAGCACAUUGCAAAGGCAUUCCUGGAUAUGGGUGAUCACUUUUUAAUGUACACUCGAUACUGCGACUUGCACGACGAAGCCUGGUCUUUGUGUGAAGAAUACCGCGACCGCCCUGAAUGGUCUCACUUCACCAAAGAGUGUACCGCCAUGAUUGCAGAAUCCACCCCGGUCUCGUCCUCUGUGGUCAGUGGCUCGCUCAUGGACCAGGUGUCCAGUAGCCAACAGCAAUUAUCAGCAUCGUCUUCACCUGUCGGUAAAAGACUUCAGUUUGAAGACUAUUUGAUCAAGCCAGUGCAACGCAUAUGUCGUUAUCAGCUACUUUUAAAGGAAAUCAUUCGCUAUACACCCGAUGACGCAGAUGACUAUGCAGUUUUGAACGAUGCAAUGAACCUGGUCCACACAACCGUUGCAGAAAUCGACCGUCUCAAGAACGAAAAGGAUAUCGGCAAGCGCACAGAGCGGUUCGUACAGCGGUUCGAUGGCGAUUGGCGAAUCAAUAAGCGUCAUGUCGUCAAGCUUGGCAAUUUGCUCAUAUCAGGGGCCAUUGAGGUCACCUACACCGCAUUGGGUCAGAGCGUUGCCAAGCCGCGCUACCUGGGUUGUUUUGUAUUCCCAACUUAUCUGAUUCUCGUUCGCCCGAAAAAGGUCACCACCUAUGAGCCGAAGCAUUGGUUUCCCUUGCGUCUAGCAGAGCUGGAAGACUUGGCUGAUAUUGAAGGUCAACAAGAACAUUCAUUCGUAGUCAGAUGCAAAAAGCAUACAUUUGCAUUUAGCGCUACAUGCAACCAGGAGAAACAACUUUGGCUCAAACAUCUAGAAGACGCUAUUGAGAGAGCCAAACUGGAGGAAUCUGUGCAGAAGGAAGAAUUAAUUGUACCAUCACUUGCAGGAAUUGCCGCUACACCAACACCCACAAAAAAACUGCAACAACAACAGCAGCAGCAGCAAUCCAAUGUUCGUUUAUCGCGUUCGUUCACCAAUAUUCUCGAUAUGAGACUUUCUUCAUCCUGCAACAAUUACAGUAGCAACAGCAGCAGCAGCAAUAACAGCAACAGUCACCAUAGCAACAACGGUCCAACAUCACCUAUUCCUAUUGAAUUGAAGCGAUCUGUCUCAACCAGUGUGCAAUUGAAUAAUAUCAUUGCCGACUUGACUAGGACUACCAUCACCAAUUCCCCUUCGAACAACAACAAUAACAACGUUUCAAGUAAUAACGCUUCAUCUCCUUCAUCGCCACCUAAACCUGCACCAUUACAAAAACGAUAUUCUGCCGACUACCCAGCAUCGAGGCGGAAAGAGCUAUUAAAAUCAAGAACGAAUUCCGAAAUUUCACGAAAACGUCCUGGAUCGCUCGACUUGCUUUCAUCAACGCCAAAUGCAACUGCCCAUUCCACGCCAGGAGUACCGAUGAUGGCGGCGACACCGAGCACACCUACUAACAUGAUAGGCAAAAUGUCAAUGCAGAUCAAAAGCAACCAUCAGAACGCAUUACGCGUGGCUGUGGAUCACAAACUCCAUGCCGUGUGUACUCAGGAUUAUCUGUCAUCCAGAGCGACAUGGUACCUUCGUGACAGAGAAAACAAUGUUGUUGAUUUGCGCAAACGGAAAUCCAUGCCGUUCAUGCGAUCCUCAGCGUCUAGUUUUUCCAUCAUGUCGCCGUCGAGACGCAUCAGCGAAUUACCACAGCCACACAUUCAACAACAACAACAGACUGCAACGCUUGAUUUAGAGAUUCAAUCGACAGUCAGCUCAACAACUAGUUCAGCUGCUGUUACAUCGGUCACAGCAACAGCUGCUGCUGCUGCAGUAGCGACAACCAACGAUAGUCUGGAUACGCUAAGACCAUCAAGUCGAACACCGUCACCAAGACGAACAUUGCCACACAGCGCUAGUGAUUAUUACUGCAUGUCAUCAUCAUCAUCAACAUCACCCAUAUCCGAUACAAAAAUAAAUUACAGCCAUUCUACUGCUUUACCAAGCUCUAUGCCGACCUCAACAACAAUGACAAACAUUCUUCAACAACAGCCAAGAUUAACCAUUGAUACGCAGCGCCAUCGUGAACAGUCAAAGUACGGCAAAACAACAACAACAACAACGAUGACGCCAUCCAACGCAGCAACCACUCCUAUCAGUCUAUUUUCGGGGAUGGAUCGCUCCUUGUCAACACUCAGCAUGCAGCCGUUCAAAAAGAACGCACUCGUCGACAGAAUGUUUAGCAAGUUAUCCAAUCUGAGUAAGAAAUCGAUGAGGAGGCGCGGAGGACGACAACGACGACGAGGACGGUAUCUCGAUGAUGGUGGUACUUGUGACGAUGACCACUUGUACCGAGAUGACAUGAUGGAUGAUGACGAUGACGAAGGAUCGCAUUAUACAGAAGGGGAUUAUACCUCAGACCUAAACUCCUACAAUGCCAGUGAGAUGGAUGAUUCACGGCAAGAUUCCAUGUCCAACAUUUCACUUUGCCGAUACCGCUCUGCAGCCACUGAUCAGGGAGGAACUCAUCAUCACCGUCAUGCAUCACCACGACGAUCGCAUAACAAGGGUCCAAUUUUUCGAUGGAUUCGGAGUGAAAGUGGUGUCAGCACAAGCAAACGAUCCUACAACCGCCAACGCCAACAACAAGAAGAGGAUUUUUCAACCACAAACACAAGCAGCAACCACCAACAAAAUUCUGAGCGACCCCCUGUAGCUUUUGCAUAUGCUUCUACUCCUGUACAGCAGCAGCAACAGCAAGAACAAGAACAAUGCCACCCUCAGAAAAUUUGGAAACGGACAUUCAGUGCUUCGAAAAAGAAACUAGUAUCGUCUUCUUCUCGCAUAAGCAACCUCAAUAGCAGUAGUAACAACACCAGAGGACCCUCCGCGCGUUUUUGAAAAAAAAAAAAAGCAUAUCUACCGGGAGAGAAAAAAAAAACAUCAUUUAUUCUGCUCUCUUUUUUUCUUUAUAACAUAACGUUGUUUAUAUACACCUACUACUACUACUAACUACUACUACUAAUGCUUUUAAUAAUAAUUUAUGACAAUAAUAAAAAUAUUACUAAUGAAAGUAAACUCCAUCUCCAUUCUCCAAAAAAGCAUACGCUUACAACUGGAUACUUUGUUCACG